UGGCGCCGAGAGGAUGCAAGCCAGUGGGGCGGUUCCCGGGUGGCCCAGAACAAGAGGGAGUUUCGCCGAGGAUCCGCCCUGCCCACCGGGAGCCAAUGGCCCAGGAGAGCGGGAGGGAGCGAGCACCGCCCCCCCGCGAGACCUAGGGGGCGGCUCCUUCCCUGGGGCGGAGCCACGGCCGAGGGCGGGGCAGGGAGGCAGCAUGCUGAGCCGGGUGCGCUCGGCCGUGGCGCACCUGGUGAGCUCAGGGGGCGCCCCGCCCCCGGGCCCCAAGUCUCCGGACCUGACCAACGCGACCUCGGCGCUGCCCACCGUCCCUCCAGAGGUGCCCAGGAGCCCUUCCGCGAGGACUGGGAGCGGGAGCGCGGUGCCCCCGAAGACAGCAGAGGCUCGGGCGAGCUUUUCCCGACCGACCUUUCUGCAGCUGAGCCCCGGGGGACUGCGACGCGCUGACGACCACGCUGGCCGGGCUGUGCAAAGUCCCCCAGACACCGGCCGCCGCCUGCCCUGGAGCACGGGCUACGCCGAGGUCAUCAACGCUGGCAAGAGCCGGCACAAUGAAGACCAGGCUUGCUGUGAAGUGGUGUAUGUGGAAGGUCGGAGGAGCGUUUCAGGGGUCCCUAGGGAGCCUAGCCGAAGCCAGGGACUGUGCUUCUACUACUGGGGACUGUUCGAUGGGCAUGCAGGGGGUGGAGCUGCUGAAAUGGCCUCCCGGCUCCUACAUUUCCACAUUCGGGAGCAGCUAAAGGACCUAGUAGAGAUACUCCAGGACCCCUCGCCACCUCCCCUCUGUCUCCCAUCUACCCCGGGGGCCCCAGGUUCCUCAGAUCCCUCUCACUUGGUUGGUCCUCAAUCCUGCUGGUCUUCGCAGAAGGAAGUGACCCAUGAGAGCCUGGUAGUGGGGGCCAUUGAGAAUGCCUUCCAUCUCAUGGAUGAGCAGAUGGCCCGGGAGCGGCGUGGCCACCACGUGGAGGGGGGCUGCUGUGCACUGGUUGUGGUCUACCUGCUAGGCAAGGUCUACGUGGCCAAUGCAGGUGACAGCAGAGCUAUCAUUGUCCGGAAUGGUGAAAUCAUUCCAAUGUCUCGGGAAUUCACCCCGGAGACUGAGCGCCAGCGUCUUCAGCAGCUAGGCUUCCUGAAACCAGAGCUGCUGGGUGGUGAAUUCACCCACCUCGAGUUUCCUCGAAGAGUUCAGCCCAAGGAGCUGGGUCAGAGGAUGCUGUAUCGGGACCAGAACAUGACCGGCUGGGCCUACAAAAAGAUCGAGCUGGAGGAUCUCAGGUUUCCUCUGGUCUGUGGGGAGGGCAAAAAGGCUCGAGUGAUGGCCACCAUUGGGGUGACCCGGGGCUUAGGAGACCACAACCUCAAGGUCUGCAGUUCCACCCUGCCCAUCAAGCCCUUCCUCUCCUGCUUCCCUGAGGUGCGAGUGUAUGACCUGACGCAGUAUGAGCACUGCCCGGAUGACGUGCUAGUCCUGGGAACAGAUGGGCUGUGGGAUGUCACCAGUGACUCUGAGGUACACAGCUCUGGCCCAAGCUCUGGUUCUGGGGGCCCGGGGCACCCCCCGGGACCGUGGCUGGCGUCUCCCCAACAACAAGCUGGGUUCCGGGGAUGACAUCUCGGUCUUCAUCAUCCCCCUGGGCGGGCCAGGUAGUUACUCCUAAGAGGCUCAGCCCCGACCCUCCCACCGCCAUCCCAGCCUCUCCAUGCUUAUGCCUCACCCAGCCCAAAUUCUGACGUUGUUUUCCUGGCCUUCUUUAGUGGCAGUUUAACUGAAGAAGGGGUAGCCAUUAGAUCCAAAAUUCUAGCCAUUGACAAAUAAACAAGAUGGAUAAAAAAUGUGUGUCUUUAUUUACUUGGACUAGAAACCGAAAGGUUACAAAACGCUUGUUGGG